AUGAAUUCCUUCCCAGCGACAUCAGUGUAUCUCCUCUUCGUCUUUCUUUGGGAUUUACCAGCCGUCCGCUCAGCUUUCUUUCACCCCUCAUCUUUUCAGCGGGGUGUCAAGGAAACAGGAAUCCACAGGCUCUUUAAAAAUGUUUUUGCGUCGUCGUUGAGUCAAAUUCACCCUCAGCUGCACGGGUUCAAGGACCCAACCGUGCCACACGAGUACAUGCUCUCCAUUUACGGGACGUAUUCUGCUGCUGAAAAAAUGGGGCUCAAUACAAGUUUUUUUCAAUCUUCCAAGUCUGCCAACGUCAUAACGAGUUUUGUGGACAGAGGACAAGAUGAUCCCUCUCACCCCCAUUUGCACAGACAAAAGUACCUGUUUGAUGUUUCCACCCUUUCAGACAGAGAGGAGCUGAUGGGAGCAGAGCUGAGGAUUUUCAGGAGGUCACCAGCAAACUUGUUUCCACGCCUCUUUAACAUUGACAUCGUCUCAUGUGAGUCCCAGCAGCUACUGGCCUCUCGGUCCGUCGGCCCGCAGGAUCCCACGCUGGCAGAAUGGCAAGUUUUGGACGUGUGGGAAUACUUCAAAAACCACCUUCGUUUGCCUAAAGGGAAAGAAGUUUGUUUCGAGCUCAAGGCCUCUUUUGGGAAACGGCAACGGGAGCUAGACCCGCGGUCUCUCGGAUUCGACAGGAACGGCCGACUUCAGCGGGAAAGGGCGCUCUUGGUCGUCUUCGCAAGGUCUAAGAAGGCGGAAAACCUUUUCGACGACCGAAGGACAACGACAGAGAACAACCGGACGCCAAACGCGGAAGCCAAAGGCGGCCACCCGUUGAAAGCCAGGCGGAAGCGAAGGACGGCCUCGAGCAGCCGUCACGGCAAGAGGCACGGGAAAAAGACGAAAUCGAGAUGCAGCAAAAGACCGCUGCAUGUCAAUUUCAAAGAGCUCGGCUGGGACGACUGGAUCAUCGCGCCCCUCGACUACGAGGCGUACCAUUGCGAGGGCGUGUGCGACUUCCCUCUGCGGUCGCACCUGGAGCCCACCAACCACGCCAUUAUUCAAACUCUCAUGAACUCCAUGGACCCCAGCAGCACGCCGCCAAGCUGCUGCGUUCCCGCGAAGCUGACGCCCAUCAGCAUUCUGUACAUCGACUCAGGCAAUAACGUGGUUUACAAGCAGUACGAGGACAUGGUGGUCGAAUCCUGCGGGUGCAGGUAG